AUAAAUUUGACAAGCCUCUGGAUAAAGCCAACAGGCUAAACAACUUGAAAACGCAAAACAUUCAUUAUUCGUUGCUUUGGAAGAGCGGAAAAGUCGUUUGAGUACCUGAACAGAAUUUUAGAAGAUGACCGAAAACGAGGCUGAACUAUUGGAUUACGAAGAUGAAGAUGAACAAGAUCAGACUGCACCAGAUCCUGCAAUUGAAACCAAGAAACCAGCUGGUGGUUAUGUAUCAAUACACAGCUCUGGAUUUAGAGAUUUCUUAUUAAAGCCUGAGCUUCUGAGAGCCAUAGUUGACUGUGGUUUCGAACAUCCUUCUGAAGUUCAGCACGAAUGCAUUCCACAAGCUAUACUUGGUAUGGACAUAUUGUGCCAAGCAAAGUCAGGUAUGGGGAAAACAGCUGUCUUUGUACUAGCAACACUGCAGCAGCUAGAUCCUGUUGACAAUCAGGUAUCUGUUCUUGUUAUGUGCCAUACGAGAGAACUGGCUUUCCAGAUUUCUAAGGAAUAUGAGCGCUUCUCGAAAUACAUGCCUUCUAUCAAAGUUGGUGUGUUUUUUGGAGGAAUGACAAUUACAAAUGAUGAAAAAGUAUUGAAAUCCAACUGCCCACAUAUUGUUGUUGGAACUCCAGGUCGAAUAUUAGCUUUGGUAAAGUCAAAGAAACUCAACUUGCGACAUAUCAAGCACUUUGUUUUAGAUGAAUGUGACAAAAUGCUAGAGGCUUUGGAUAUGCGUAGGGAUGUGCAAGAAAUAUUCCGAAGUACUCCUCAUGAGAAGCAAGUGAUGAUGUUCAGUGCCACUUUAAGCAAAGAUAUUCGACCCGUGUGCAAGAAAUUCAUGCAAGAUCCUAUGGAAGUUUAUGUUGACGAUGAGGCUAAGUUAACACUGCAUGGACUACAACAAUAUUACGUGAAGCUAAAAGACAAUGAAAAAAAUAGGAAAUUGUUUGAACUCCUUGAUCUGCUUGAAUUUAAUCAGGUGGUCAUUUUUGUACGCACUGUACCAAGAUGUAUGGCUUUGGCACAACUUCUUGUUGAGCAGAAUUUCCCAGCAAUUGCAAUUCAUCGUGCCAUGACACAAGAAGAUAGGCUUUCGAGAUAUCAGCAGUUCAAAGAUUUCCAUAAGCGUAUUUUGGUAGCCACAAAUUUAUUUGGCAGAGGAAUGGACAUUGAAAGAGUUAAUAUAGUUUUUAACUAUGACAUGCCAGAAGACUCAGAUACCUAUCUCCAUAGAGUUGCACGUGCAGGACGAUUUGGAACUAAAGGUCUUGCGAUAACAUUUGUUUCGGAUGAAACAGAUGCUAAAACUUUAAAUGAAGUACAAGAAAGAUUUGAUGUGAAUAUAUCUGAACUACCAGAAGAAAUUGACAUUUCUUCAUAUAUUGAAGGACGUUGAAUACAGGACGAAUUUGAAGAAAGUCUUUCUUCAUGUGAAGUUGAAUAAGUGUUGCAUAUGACGAGCACUUUAUAUGUAUCAAUCAGUAUCUUUUGUGUAAUUUUUAUGAGCAUCUGUGUGAUGUUAUUGUAUAUAUGCAUUUCUCAAUUAAACUUUUUAGUUGACCAGUG